AUGAAAGCGCCCAGAGCUACAUGUAAGACGAGAAUUGCAACUCCAGCUGAAUACACGUUGCUUGGUACAUGAUUAAGUCCCAAUAAACCUAAAAUAUAUAAAGAUACGUUUAAAACAACGAUAUGUGUAUAUCAUGAAUAUAUAGUAAGAUAUAAAAAUACAUUUAUAUACUAUAGUAAUUUAUAUGUAACAUUCCAGCUCAUUAAGUGUUGUAUAUAAAAAACAUAAAAUAUUGGCUAUUAGAUUAAAAAUUCGAAAAGAUUCUGAAAUCAUAAAAAUUACUUACAAUUCUUAUUUCUAUAAAUACGAAUUGUUUUCUUUAAUAUUUUUCCUAAACAAUAUAUAAUUCCUAUAUUCAUUAAAUUAUAAAAAUAUAAUUUUUGAAAUGUAUGUAGGAAAUCUAAAUAUUUUAAUAGUACUAUUAUUUGUUUACAUACCAUCAAAAAUAAAAACCUUGCUAGUAAAAAAUGAGAAUACAGGUAAGGCUAUUAUCACUAAACAGUGAAAUAAUACUGUUUUAAAGACUUGUAAUUCUGGCGAUUCCUGAAAAUAAAAUUGUAUAUCAAAGAUAUUGCAUUUAUUUAGAUAUACAUAUAUAGUAUAUCAAUAAAUCAAAAAAUAAAAAUGAAAUACCUACAUUUGCCAUGAUGUGGAAGUGAUAAAUAACUUUCAGUUAAAUUUUUUGUUUAGUACCACUCAUCUACAAUACAAAUUUAAUAAGAUUUAGACAUACUGUGGUAUUAUUAUUAUUAUAAUUUAGAAAAAUAUAUUUCAGUAUUUAUUUAAAGAAUAGAAGGUACAAAUGAAUCAAAUAUAUAAUUUAUAUAGAAAGUUGCAAGAUCAUUUCCUUUCCUAUCUUUGUAUAUUAUUUUAUUGAAUGACAUAACAUGUACAAUUCUAUAUAAAUCAAAUACGAUAUUACAUAAUAAAAAAUUAAGUUUGAUAUCUUGACGAAUAACAAUACAACGUAAAAUGAUAAGUUCGAACACUCGUUAUCUUGGAAAUAUUUAAGGUUAUGUUAUUCAAUUUAGUACGUUAUAAAUUCCACCAGGGGAACCUUGCAUGUUCAUACCCUUUUUGUUAGCGUUUUCGUAUCUGGUUUAAAAAGGUUGUCACACUUCACAGUAUAUUUUAUUUCUGGAUAGUGAUUGAAGCGCAGUAUCGGUACAUCCAGAACUGUCUGAUACAUUUGAUUGUUUACAGGAAUGAAGAUUAAAAAUAAUUGUAGCAAUACGUGUCACUGGCUAUAAAGUGUUAGUAAUUCAUUUAUAAGUAUGGGAUGUUGUUACAGUUUUUGUAAAGAAGAUAGCGGUCCACAGGUAAUAGAUUAUAUUAUUUUAUUCAUGUGAGAUGUUUUGGUACUUAAACUUAUCACACAACAUUAGAUACGUUAGGGAAUACAUUCAAACUUUUAUCGCAAUUCCGCCUAUUUGUAUUACAUAUAUAAGAGAAUAAUUAUGUAUAUUAUAUUUUUGUAUGACUUGCAUUUACAAGGUUGAAAUCAAAUAUUUAAAUUUUAAUUAAUUAAAACAAUUUUUCUAUUUAUCUAGAAUGGAGAAGCAAAUGAAAGGACACAUUUGUUAGUAGAUCCUGUCAGUAAUAAUACAAAUAUACCUAGAGUACACAGGUGUGUUAUAUUUUUUAUGUAUAUUGAUAUAUGGUAGCAUUAGAUAAGAAUUAUUAAAGCUUUUUCGUUUCUUUUUUUUUCCAGUGAUGAUUAUGUUAAUCAGUAUGCAAGUUCAGCACCCAAGAAAACCGACGAACAAAGUGCAUUAAAUAGAAUUUUACAUGAAACAGCUGCGUGAGUGUUUGCUUGCCUUUCUUAGUUUUUAUGUUUAUGUUGCUUUUCUAUAGUUAUUCUGUAUAUCUAUAACAUAAUUAAAAACCAAUUAAUUAUAUUAAAAUAUUUCAUUUCAGUAAUGUGAUAGAUGUUGGGGCAUUAGAUUCACAUAACCUGGAACAGCAUGAAUAUAUGGAUAGAUCACGUGCAUACUCCAAACGUAUAGAAGCUGGAGGUAUUAAAGUCCCUGAUAGCACAUCUUGCCUAUUAAAAGAUGUUCCUGCUCCAGAAAAAAUAUUGGCAGCAGAACCACUUGCUGCUGGGGAUCAUGGGCUGGUAAAUAUGUAUUAUAUAAUAUAAUAAUGCAAAAUCCUAUCACAUAUUUACAAUUUGUUAAAUUGAUUAAUUUUUCUUUGUAGAUUACAGAAAUGCUCAAUAAGGCUGUGACGGCACUAGAAGAUGUUAAUGUUGAACACAAAGAAGAUUUAGUAGUUCCUUUCUUAUCGUGA